CUUUCUCUUCUUUCUUUGUGCCUUGGCAUCCUUCACUCUUCGUUCAAGACCUGCUUUGUGUUACUCUUUGUCCUUAUCCAUAUUUGUAUUUGUACCUUAUUCCUAAUCUUUUCUUUCUUCACUCCUCUCCUUACAAUACCUACCUACGUUACUCUCUCGAGACAAUACAACACAAUGCCUUUUCCUAUCUAUGCUGUUCCCCUGACUAGGGAUUGGCUGGGUAUCUAUCAAUGGAAAACAUCUAAACCAGAAGAUCUACCCCAGGAACUGGAGUACCUAUCAUUCCAAGAGUUUGAAGACCGAUUUACCCAACUUAAUAGGAUCGCACGACCUACUUAUCCAACAGUCUGGCCUAAUGUGGCAGCAAUAGUCUUGCUCACCGGCAUUGCGAUGGUUGCAGCCUUUGGAAUCACGCACACAGGAACAACUAUGGCUGUCAUGGGCCAAACCGCUUGUUUUUUCUUCCCUAUCAUGGUUGUCGUUUGGAUCAAAAUUCGAGCCGAGACCCUUGCAAGAUCUCGGAAAAAGUUCAAAUAUCAAUCCCAGAAAUUGCUCCGAGAAUGGACAGCUCAGGAUACGGAAACUCAUGCCAUCCAAUGGAAAAUUCGUCUGCGCCCAAAAAGUGAAGCAAAUAAAUGGUUGAGACACAGGCAGGUCCAACAUCAACAACAGCAGCAGCACGGAUACUAUUAUACUCAGUCGCAACAUGACCAUGCAUACCAUGAUGGUCGUCUGGUGAAUGAUAUGUCAAGCUUAUUACAAUAUCAACAACGGCAACAGCAUUAUGGAGGCACAGAUAUAGUCACUUAUCAUUUGCCAUCUGACUAUAUUAUGCAAGGGCAACAGAUACAAUCCCAGCCCUCUGGCAAUUAUAUUGAUGUGGUUAUCCAACACCCAGUCACAGAACAACCGUCUUCUUCGUCAUCGUCUUCAGUCAUGGCAACAGCAACGACGGCAGUAGAGCUCUCAAAGCCCGGCUGGACGACCUUCUGUGACCGAAUGAAGAAUUCUCUUUGCCUUGGCUAUAUUUUCAGAGAACGUAAGGUCUGGUUGAUCGAAAUAUCCUUUCGGGACUAUCAAUUGGAGGAUGAUGCGUUGACGAUACCUAGCCCUGUCUACUGUGAUUACCGCUUGCCAGUUUAUGAAGAUAUUGUGUCCAUAGGGACCGCGGCUGAUGAUACCAUUAUGCCACUACCACAAGCAACAACAAUAGUAGCCCCCGCAGCAACUCAUGCACUGUUGUCGACAAGCGCCAAUUCUGAUCACUUGACGAUAAAUUUCUAUUUGGACGAACCACCGGCUUAUGAAAGUCGAUUGGAAGAUUCUGAUAGUGACAAUGGUAAUGAAGCCAAUGCUCCAUCAUUUAUGGAGCCCUAUCAGGGACAGCAGCAGCAACAGCAGAUGACUAUGAUCCUAGUUGAAGUAGUUUGUCAAUGUACAGUCCACGCUAGGUUUUCACUUUAA